UUUAGACAACCCCAGAUUGAUCAAUCUCAGUAUUACCCGAAUGUACAUUGUUCUGAGUUUGUAAACCCAUCUUUAUUUCCUUCAAUUGAUCAAAAUGGACUACUGCCCACUUCAUCAAUGGGGUUUUUCCAUCGUGGGUUUCAUUCACAGAGACAAAUCAUUGCUACUAGACAUAGAUUUGUGGAUUCUUCAUGCAGAAUUCAAAGACCAAGAAGAUGGGGACCUUCAGUAACAAAAGCAGCAAGAAUCAAGAGAAAAAUGGUUAGACAAAGAAGUUUGAUUUCUGCUAGACUUGGUUUGUUAAGUGAUACUAAUGCUGCUACUAGUACUAAUACUACUUCAGCAAUUAGUCUAUCUUCUAGUAGAAAACAACCAUUGUCCUCUACUCCAACUAACCAAGACAAUGCAGAUGUGUAUACAUUAAUGACUCCUGAUAACAAAAGAUUGAAGUUCAUACUGCAGAAGGAGUUGAAAAACAGUGAUGUUAACUCUCUAGGAAGGAUUGUCCUGCCAAAGAAAGAUUCAGAGGCACAUCUACCAAGCCUCACAGUGAAGGAGGGCAUCCAAAUAGCAGUUAGGGAGGUACUUUCUCCAAAAGUGUGGUUCAUGAGAUAUAGGUUUUGGCCUAAUAACAAGAGCAGAAUGUAUGUAUUGGAAAAUACAGGGGAAUAUGUAAAGCAGAAUGAGCUCAAAUGUGGAGAUUUUGUAAUUCUCUAUCAAGACGAGAACAAACAGCUUUACAUUUCCUUCCAGAAGGCCCAAAGACCAACUCUAGAAGGAGAACCGAACAAGGAAGAGAAAGAAUCUCGAACAGGUCUAGAGAGAGAACAUGAAAGCCCCCAUGCGGAGGUAGAAGAUCAAAGGCUUCUAAUAUCCGAGGAUAUGUUGAGACAACAGGGAAUAGGAUUUCAUGAACCAUCGACAUCCUCAAACACUUUAGCAGUGGAGGGAGAUUUAUUUUGUCUCGAUGGUACAAUAUAUCUAGACCUCAGUAAUUGUAACCUCAGUGAACUAGAUAUUUUACCAAACUUCGAUGACUCUGAUCUUUCCCUCUAUGAUGACCUGAUUGAUGACUUCAAUCAAGAUUUUGGCACGGCCAAGGCUGAUCCUUCGAAAACAGCAAAAUAAAGUUGCAAUUAUCAUCUUGGGGAGUUUUUUGGUUCUACUAAAUUUUUUGGUUCGCAUAUACUUAUGAUGUGAGAGAAAAGGAAAUAAAGUUCUCAUCUCUUGAUCGUUCACUUGU